AGUCUAACCACACUCUAGACAAGCAUAAACAUUCAGAAAGUCCAAAAGAAAUAUCAUUUAGGCAAAGAAAACAUUUAACUUCACCUGGUGGAUCUGAACAGAAGAAGGGGACAUGGCAGGAAUAUUUAACUUUAUUCGUGACCUUUUGGGUGACACUCGACCUUCCUGUGACUCAGAAAGCAGUCCUCCAGCUUCUAAAGAAUUCGAUCAACCAUGGAGGACAAUGCCUUGGGGACAACAAGAUGAACUGAAACAGAAACUGAGGAACUUAAGGAUCAACCACCCAAAUGUUCAGUUUGUGAGGAUUCUGCUUGUUGGCGACGUUGGAGCAGGAAAAUCCAGCUUUAUAAACUCGGUCAAUAAUGCUUUCCAAAACCGAAUUACAAGUCAGGCUCUUACUGAUGGAGUUAGUGGAACAAGUUUCACAAGAAAUUACACAACCUUUUACAUUGAAGGAAAUGAUGGUUCCACUCUGCCUUUUGUUUUUAAUGAUGUCAUGGGAUUUGAAGAAGGUGAAGCUGGUGCAUAUUCAAAGGACAUCAUCAAAGCCUUAAGUGGCUUUCUUCAAGAAGGAUACAAUUUUGAGCAUGCCUCUGCUAUGAAUAACCCUGGCUACAGAAGUAACCCAAGUCUUCAGGAUCAAACCUCCUGCCUGGUCAAUGUUAUGGGAGCAUCUACUGUAUCGCUGAUGUCACAGGACAUCAUUAAUAAAAUGAGAAAAAUACGUGAGGCAGCUACAAAACUGAACAUACCACAAGUAAUCAUUAUGACGAAACCGGAUGCAGCAUGCUCACUGGUUAAUCGCGAUUUAAAGAAAAAAGAUGGAAGAGUUAAAAAAGACACUUUAGAAGAGAAACUGAGGAACUUUCAGCUCAGCUCUCCUGAUAUUAAGUUUGUCAGGAUUCUGGUCAUUGUAAUUUGUGUCUUUGUUUUGCAGUAUAAAACCCACUAUAUCAAGGGGAAGGGCCGCUCCCAUUUGCCUUUUGUCUUCAAUGAUAUCAUGGGACUUGAACCUGCAGAUGGUCAUGGUGCCCAUGUAGCAGACAUUGCUGCAGCUGUAAUGGGUAGCCUUAAAGAAGGACACAAUUUUAAUCCUGCAACUCCCGUGUCAAAGGACGACGUAAACUACAGAGGCAACCCUAACAUUUCUGAUCAAACUUUCUGCUUAGUCUACGUCAUGGCAGCAGACAAAGUGUCACUCAUGAAGGAUGAAGUUAUUCAAAAGAUGAAACUGAUCCGUGAAAAAGCUUCAAAGUACAAUUUGCCUCAAGUGAUCAUCAUGACAAAGGUGGAUGAUGCCUGUCCACUGGUUCAAGAUGACUUAAGAAAAGUCUACACCAGCAAGAAUAUCAAGGAAAAAAUGAAAGAGUGUAGUAAUCGACUGGGUGUUCCAAUGAAUAACAUUUUCCCUGUGAAGAACUAUCAUGAGGAGGUGGACACAGAUGAUGAUCUGGAUGUUCUGAUCCUGAAAGCACUUGAUCAGAUUGUGAAUAUUGCUGAUGAUGCUCUUGUAAAAAAAAUGUCAGAACAAAACACUCCUGAACAAUAUGAGUGAAGGCUGAUUUUAACUGAUACAGGAACAUUUACAAGCUUAGCACUAUUAAAGCUAUUAUAUAUAUUAUAUAUAUAACUAUACUAAGUUUGUGCUAUUAAAGUUAAACAUUUUUAUGCUUAAAAUCAUAACUACUGCACACUGAACAUGUGUAACUUUCUGCCAUUAAAUGAAUAAAUGUCUGUCAAAAUCAG